AUGAGCAAACGCCUGUCAUCGUUCAAGGGGCCAUCGACUCCCAAUUCAUCGCCUGCUAGGCAGGUCAACCAGCCCGAAUCCCCGUCACGCCUCGCAGAGUCCACGUAUCAUCGCAAGAUCCGUGCUUCUCUCCAGGAACUACGGCUAGCCGCGCAUACAUGGGAUGACAUCGUGCUGAUCGACGGUUUGAAGGCGGCCAAGACCCUUGUCGACUCAAGGACAGAGCUAGACAAUGCUCUCGCCCAGAUUCCCACUGACAGCCAGCCUCGGACUCGAUUAGUCGAACCCAAGCUUGCCACUAUGGACAAAUGCAUCGAGCAGCUAGAUGCAGUACUAGUGAAACUACGAAGACAAUUCCGUCGAAUGUCAGCCGUAAUCGACGCAAUGGAGUCCAUCCUCUUCGAAGCCCACGCGACCAAGGGCCCUCAGUGGUGUAAGGAGCAGCCCCUUUGGAUAUCAUGGUCGCUAGAGAAAUUCGUGACCUCCGUGUCCGACAUCCUCCUGCCUUACCACCGCUCCCUCAACAUGCAUAUCGAGAUCGUCGAGUCACUCCGCCCGCACUCUGCCACAUUCGAAGUCUCAAAAGAUGCCAUACGAAAGUGGGUCGACCAGCCCUUCCUCGAGGAUGAGAGCUGGGAUGCCAUAUGGGAGGAUCUAUGUGCUGUGGAGGUCCAUCGUUGGGACACAGCAUAA